AUCGUCUUGACCGGCAUAUUGGAGCAAGUCGUGAAUUGUCGGGAUGCUUUGGCUCAAGAAUCCUCAUGGAGUGUAUUAUCCAGGUUUUCCCCGACGAGUUCCACUUGCAGACCCUGAAAACCUUUCCUCCGGGCCUGCGCCGAGCUGCACCAGAAACGGUAAAAGGGAGUGAGGAAGUGUCGGCUGCAUCCGUCCUUUUCAAGCCCUUUCUGCUCCCGGAGAAAGACCCCCGCAGGAGGUGGGCAGGCGUGAGGCGGCAUGUCCUCGGACCCCACCCCGCCCGCCCUCACCAGGCCGUCUGCCCCAGGUUGGCGCUGUUCGCGCACCGCGAGGACGGGCCCGGCAUCCCCGCAGACAUUCAAGCUCUCGACAUCUUCUCCCAGCAGGUGGCCACCGUGAUCCAGUCCAGACAGGACAUGCCCUCGGAGGACGUCGUGUCGCUCCAAGUGUCGCUCAUCAACCUGGCGAUGAAGUGCUACCCGGACCGUGUGGACUACGUGGACAAGGUGCUGGAGACGGUGGAGAUCUUCAACAAGCUCAACCUGGAGCACAUCGCCACCAGCAGCGCCGUCUCCAAGGAGCUCACCAGGCUCCUGAAGAUCCCCGUGGACGCCUACAGCAACGUGCUGACCGUGCUGAAGCUGAGGCACUUCCACCCGCUCUUCGAGUACUUCGACUACGAGUCCCGGAAGAGCAUGAGCUGCUACGUGCUCAGCAACGUGCUGGACUACAACACGGAGAUCGUCUCUCAGGACCAGGUGGACGCCAUAAUGAACCUCGUCUCCACGCUGAUCCAGGACCAGCCCGAUCAGCCCGCGGAGGACCCUGACCCCGAGGACUUUGCCGACGAGCAGAGCCUCGUGGGCAGGUUCAUCCACCUCCUGCGGUCGGAGGACCCCGACCAGCAGUACCUGAUUUUAAACACGGCACGGAAGCACUUCGGAGCUGGUGGGAACCAGCGGAUCCGCUUCACGCUGCCACCCCUGGUGUUCGCCGCCUACCAGCUGGCCUUCCGCUACAAGCAGAACUCCAAAGUGGACGACAAGUGGGAGAAGAAGUGCCAGAAGAUCUUCUCCUUCGCCCACCAGACCAUCAGCGCGCUGAUCAAGGCCGAGCUGGCGGAGCUGCCGCUGCGGCUGUUCCUGCAGGGCGCCCUGGCGGCCGGCGAGAUCGGCUUCGAGAACCACGAGACGGUCGCGUAUGAGUUCAUGUCCCAGGCGUUCUCCCUGUACGAGGACGAGAUCAGUGACUCCAAGGCCCAGCUGGCGGCCAUCACGCUGAUCAUCGGCACGUUCGAGAGGAUGAAGUGCUUCGGCGAGGAGAACCAUGAGCCGCUGAGGACGCAGUGCGCGCUCGCCGCCUCCAAGCUCCUGAAGAAGCCGGACCAGGGCCGCGCCGUGAGCACCUGCGCCCACCUCUUCUGGCCGGGCCGGAACACCGACAAGAACGGGGAGGAGUUGCACGGCGGCAAGAGGGUCAUGGAGUGCCUGAAGAAAGCCCUGAAGAUCGCCAACCAGUGCAUGGACCCCUCGCUGCAGGUGCAGCUCUUCAUAGAGAUCCUCAACAGAUACAUCUACUUCUACGAGAAGGAGAACGACGCGGUCACAAUUCAGGUUUUGAACCAGCUUAUCCAGAAGAUCCGAGAGGACCUCCCCAACCUGGAGUCCAGCGAGGAGACGGAGCAGAUCAACAAGCACUUCCACAACACGCUGGAGCACCUGCGCCUGCGGCGAGAGGCGCCGGAGUCCGAGGGGCCCAUCUACGAGGGCCUCGUCCUGUGAGGGCGCCGCCGCACGGCCAGGGUGCGGGCUGCGGGCUGCGGCCGCCUCCCUCGAUUGUGCCUUCAGAAAGGCUGCGGUAGGCCUCGUCUCUUCCCUGUGACGUGUGACCGGCGCCUCCGGACACUCACCUCCGAGACCUUAAUAAAGUUAUUCACUUCAUAAGUGUGCAGGUCGGCUCAUCACCCAGCUGGCAUGAUUUGCUAUUUAAAAUUACCGUGAUUGUAAAAAAACAAAACAGAGUUAUCCAGAAACCACUCUCGGCUACUGAUGAAGCUCUCCUUCCCCCUCCCUGUCCUGCCCAUGUUGGCUGUGUCAUUGCCUCAUCGCUGGGAGCACUGACCCGGCCGGAAGUCUGUCUCUUUGUUCGCUAGUCCAGUGUGAGGUAGACGAAAGGAAUACUGUAUGUGAAGUUCAGCCGGGCUCCUCCCUACGUGCAGGAUGAGGCCCUGUAUAGUAUUUUCCCUAAAACUAGAAUAUAUUAAUGCAUGUGUGAGGAUCUAAAGCACCAUGGUCAAACCAGAAGCUAUAUUUUGCAUAUUGGGGCUCAGCCAUCCAGUAAGAACCUAUCUGGUUCUCUUGACAUAUUUAUCAAAAUAAUUUUGUUCUAAAUAGUAUAAAAUAGAAAAUUUGUGAUCUAUGUAAUUUAUGUAUAACCUUCCAUGUAAAUUUAGGGGGAAAUACUUCAGACCAUUAUCAGAAAUUUUUUUUUUUUUUUCACCAGUGAGAAUAAAGUUGCUAUUAACA